UCCAAUCACAGCUGAUCACAUGUAAACACGGAAAUGCUGACAUGUACACUGAUCAUCAGGGCACUGAUGAUCAGUGUGCCCUGGUGAUCAGUGUGGCCCCAGAAGUGCCACGUGCCAGUGCCCAUCAGUGCCACGUGCCAGUGCCCAUCAGUGCCACGUGCCAGUGCCCAUCAGUGCCACAUAUCAGUGCCCAUCUGAGAUGCCUUUCAAUGUCACCCAUCAGUGCCUAUCAGUGCUGCCACUCAGUGUUGCCUAUCAGUGCCACUAAGUGUCGCCUAUCAGUGCGCAUCAGUGCCGUGUAUCAGUGCUGCCUUUCAGUGCCCAUCAGUGAU